GCACGCGGUUGUCCGCGAAGGGCACACCACACAGCGUUUGUAUUACGCAGUUUCGUGCCGCUUUGAUUAAAAGAAGACGCUUGAAGGCAGCGAGCAUCAGUUUCUCUUGCAAUGCACCGCUGGGUAGGCAAAGUCGCUCUCCUCACCGAGGUGGCCGAAGGGUUUGGGCCCUCGCUGGCGAACCACCUCGUCAACCGCGGCGUACGUGUCGUCGGACUAGCCAAAAGAGUGGAUAAUUUAGGAAGCUCUGGGCAUAACAGCCGAGUCCCGGGCAGCACCGCCGGAACCCUUUACGCUCACAAUUGCGACAUCACAAAAGGCGAGGACAUUAUGCGCGUCCUGAGGUGGACCCGCGCCCGGCUCGGCGGCGUGGACAUUCUCAUCAACAAUGCAGAGGCACAUAAAGACACCCAACUGAUGAACCCGCGCACCAUUUCUCCCUACUUGCACUGCGCCUUUAUGACCGAGGUGUUGCGAGACAUGCAGAACUCGAAGGAAGAGGGACACGUCAUUAAUAUCGGCAGCGUCGCUGAUAAGCUCUUCCCGUACUUUGGAAUUUACGAGCACAGACAAGUCGGAGAUGGAGUCAGCCAGCACGAAAUCCACCUGGAGGCUGGCAACAAAAUCAAAGUCACGGACCAGGAAGGAUGCUGCUGCGAGGUCUUUAUUCAUCCGCCUUAUUUUUUUCCCCAGAACAUUGUUCCGGACGUUUUAGGAAGGCGAGAUCUCGAGCUGGUUUUGGAAGACGCACUGCUGCGAUUUCCCCACCAGGAACAAGAGAAGGCUGCGUCGGUCGCCCUCUGAAAUAUGCAAACGUUUGUGCUUGCUAUGCCAUCCAAAACAAAACGAAAUCACCCGCCUUUGAAGAAUGAUACUCCACCUAGAGCUGUACAUACUACGACCAUAAUAUUUAUGUAAAUAUAAUAUAUAAGGAAACUUCGCCAGAAUGUUGUUGUAACUCUGUGUAUUUUGCGUAAUUUGCAAAUUUAUAUUAUGCUCUAAGAGACAUAUUUUGACUAGCUUGGUCAAUAUUUUUCAAUUAAAUUUUAUAUUACGGAAAAAAUGUUGCAUUUUACUAGCGUAGAGCUACUCAUUAAAUUGUUAAGUUAAAACUAGGCAGAAAUUGUGCCAAAAUUGAUUGUCUUGACUGUAAAGUUCACAGUUUGUCAGGCCUAACUAAUACUUUUCAUGCAAGCUUCUAUGGGGAAAGAUAAAAGACUUAAAACCUUAUUUAAACUGAAUACAGCUAGCGUGUUAAAUUUCUCAUCAAUGUGAUGGAGGUUAUCAAAAUAAAAAAUGUUUAAAAAUA